CCACGCGCAGCGCAGUCGCAGUCCGCCGCCGCCGCGCACAACAACGAACGCGCGCAACAACAACAUGACCGAGAUUCACGCGCACCCCCAAUUUUAAAAAGAAUGAAUGUUGUCUGGCGGUAUGAGUGAAGUUUUUUGACAGUUAUUAAAAAAAAAUAGGGGGUAUUUUUAGAAAUAUUGUAAUGGUUUCUUUGUAGUGCUUUUUAUAGAUUAUUGUGCGUGGUUUAGUUGUGUAAACUUUAUAAAUAAAAUUGAACUACUUAUUAAAAAUAUCCAACAUAGUAUUUAGUGAAAAUUCCCAAGCAUCUAAACAAUAGGUGAAUGAAUAUAUGCCACAGGAUCUUCUAAGUGUUUAGGAAAAAUGGCGGUUGCAUCGGCGAUGCUGAAAGGCAUAGGCAAUAUGAUCACCGGGGGUGAUCGUGAGAGGGCGCCCCCGGCAGAAAUGCCGUCAUCUGUGGAUAUACAGUUUACGAACCUCUCGCUCACGGUCACUGAAGGAUUCCGGAAGAGACGAACGAAAACUAUCCUGAAGAAUAUCUCAGGGUUCUUCCGGUCCGGUCAGCUGACCGCUAUCAUGGGUCCUUCCGGCGCAGGAAAGUCGUCUCUGCUGAACGCGCUCACCGGCUUCUGCACGACAGGCGUGACGGGCACGAUUCGAGCUGGCAACAACGUGUGUCAGCUGGGAGCACAUCAGCGGUCACUACGGGCACUGAAGCACUAUAGAAGCAAAUCAGCUUAUAUCCUACAGGAUGACCGCAUCAGCCCGCUGUUCACGGUGGAGGAGCUGAUGAAGUUCGCUGCCGACAUGAAACUGGGCAACAUGACCGACAAACUGAAAAUGACUGUGAUAAGCGAAGUGCUGGAAGAUCUGGGUUUGUCCGGCACAGAAAAGACGCGGUGCGGGAACCUAUCGGGAGGGCAGCGGAAACGGCUGUCCAUAGCCCUGGAACUGCUGGAUAACCCCCCGGUACUGUUCCUGGAUGAGCCCACCACAGGUCUCGACAGCUCGACGUCGGCUCAGUGUAUAGAAAUGCUGAAAAACUUGGCGCGAUCAGGGCGAACUGUCGUCUGCACCAUACACCAGCCCACUGCCUCCGUCUACGCACUUUUUGAUCAGGUGUACAUCUUGGCAGACGGCAUGUGCGUGUACCACGGCGCCAGUGAAAACACGGUGCCGUACCUCGCCAGCGUCGGCCUCCAGUGUCCCAAAUACCACAAUCCCGCCGAUUACAUGCUAGAAAUAGCGAACGGCGAAUACGGCAGCUUCAACCAGCUGUUGGCCGACGAAUGCAACAAGAUGGACUGGACGCGAGCGCCGACGCCGCCGCCAAGCAAAGAAGAUGAGCUGUGCAAGACUUCCGUGAACGUUGCGGUCAAACCCCCUCCAGAGUGGUACAGACUAGGUGUGCUGUUCCGACGGUGUUUUAUACAACAGUAUAGAGAUUGGACGGUGACACACUUAAAAGUGUUAUUCCAUAUCAUGGUCGGCGUGUUGCUUGGACUGAUGUUCGACGGUUCAGGCAACGACGGAGCCAAGACCUUUUCCAAUCUCGGCUAUCUGAUGAUAUCCAUCAUUUACCUGAUGUACACGUCGCUUAUGCCGGGGAUAUUGAAGUUUCCCGAAGAGCUGUCUAUCAUCAAGAAAGAAACGUUUAAUAACUGGUACCAGCUCAAGACUUACUACGUCGCGCUACUGGUCACAGGGAUCCCCAUUCAGAUCUGGUACUCGUUCGUGUACUCAGCGCCAUCUUACUUCCUCACGGAGCAACCUCAGGAGCUCUCGCGAUUUGCGAUGUUUGUGCUGGUCCUGUCGCUCACUACGCUACUCGCUGAUGCGCUGGGCAACCUCAUUGGGACCUGUCUCAACCCAAUUAACGGCACCUUCUGCGGCGCCAUUUACACGUGCUGCAUGCUAGUGCUGGCCGGGUACUUAGUGCUGCUCUCACACAUGUCCUGGAUCAUGCGGCUGCUGUCCAACGCCUCGUUCGUACGCUACGCCUUCGAGGCCAUUAUACUGUGUGUCUACUCGUUCAAUCGCGCUGCGCUACCUUGUCCGGAGUAUGAGGAUUACUGUCAUAUGAAGCACCCACGGGAAGUGAUCAAGCAGUUCAGCUACAAACCCGACAACUUCUGGGUCGACAUCGCCCUGUUGGUAAUGACCACCGUGUUCUUUAGAGUGGUGGCUUAUGUCACGCUUCGCCGAAGUAUCAAACGAUUAGCUUAAGGGACAUGAGACAAUUGAUUAUAGAUGCGGAAUCAGUAAAAGUUGAUGGAAAAUAACUGUCUACGGAAUAAGAGUGAAAUGAAAAAGACCGACGACUUUUUUGAAAAUAUGGCUUAGUUACAGCAUAGCUUAAGCAUUGAGCCGUUGUUCUGUGUUUAGAUACUUUAGAGUGGUCUCUUAACUCACUCUUCGUUGAAGUAUGAAGUGAUCCGGUUAAUGGUUUCCCCAUAGGUUAGCCCCUGGAGGUCUUGUCUGGUCUUUAUCGUCAUAAUCGGUGGGAAUCGGCUUGUAUGGACCAGCCACUGCUGGUGCCUGGCGGGGUAAAAUGUCAGUGUGCCUCCUCAUUGGAGCCUGUCUUUGACCGUGUUCGAUUGAGGCAAAAAAAUGUAAAUUUCAACAAUAUCGUAAUUAAGUAGGUAACGCAAUAGUACCAUAAACUAUUCCAAGAAAAAUAGAAAACUUUAAUGAGUAGAUACUUAAAUAUAAUGCAAUUAGCUAAAACUAAAUAAACGAUGUCGUUAAAAA